AUAUAGAUGUUCAAAACAAUAAGUGGGGCAAGUCACAUGUUCCUAUUUUCAUUUUGAUUGUGAUCUUUUCUCUUCUGCAUGGAGUGAAGUUAACGAGGGGAGCAAUUGAAGGAGAGCGAAGCCAGUUGGAUAACUGCUACGCUCUCUCUGUAUCCGGUAUUUUCUCUUCUUCACUUCUCCUACUGACUCGGGCACACAAAAUUUCAUACCUUUCCAUUUUUAUUGAUCCAAAUUUCUUUUUGUUUUCAAUUUGUCUUCAUUGCUGUUAAUUCUUCAUGCAUGUUCUUCAAGAUUGAGGAACACAAGUAUCAGUUUAUGGCUUUCAUGAAACUGGGCUCGAAAUCUGAAGCAUUCCAUCGCGAUGGCCAAUCUUGGCAUUGCACAUCUGGCCUCCAGAGUGAUGUCACAAUUGAAAUCGGAGAAAUGUCCUUUCAUCUUCACAAGUUUCCUUUGCUUUCAAGAAGUGGGCUUCUUGAGAAACUAAUUGGUGAAUCUCACAGUAUUGAUGGAUCUGUAUGUGAAUUACAACUCGAUCAGUUACCUGGUGGAACUAAAACUUUUGAGUUAGUUGCCAAAUUCUGUUAUGGCGUUAAAAUAGAACUCACUUCUAUGAAUGUCGUUAGUCUUAGAUGUGGGGCUGAGUACCUUCAAAUGAAGGAAGAGUAUGGGGAGGGAAAUCUCAUUGCACAAACAGAAGCUUUACUCAAUGAGGUAUUUAGCAAUUGGACGGACACAGUAAAAGCUCUUGAAACCUGUGAAGAAGUUCUUCCACAUGCCGAGGAGCUCCAUAUUGUCUCAAGAUGCAUUCACUCCUUGGCAACGAAAGCUUGUGCUGAUCCAAAAUUAUUCAAUUGGCCUGUGUCCGGGUGUAAGGAGAUGGGGCAGAUAUUGGGUGCUUCCCUAUGGAAUGGUAUAUGUACUUCAGUGAAACAACAGCCUUUAAGUGAUAAUUGGUGGUUUGAGGAUGUUUCCUUCCUCAGUUUACCUCUGUAUAAACGGUUGAUCCAAGCUGUUGAAGAGGGAGGAAUGACGCUGGAGAAUAUUGCUGGAGCUCUCGUGUUCUACGCUAAAAAAUACAUUCCCCAGAUGAAUAGACAGUCGAGCUUCAAGAACUUAAAUUCAGGUUCAACAAUUUCAAUCCCAUCCGAGGCGGACCAGAGGGCGCUUCUUGAAGAGAUAGUCGAGAUUCUUCCAAAGCAGAAAGGAGUAAUACAUACUAGGUUCCUACUUAGGUUGCUCAAGACUGCUAUGGUUCUGCAGUCGAGUCCAUCAUGCAGGGAAAAUUUGGAGAGAAGGAUUGGGAUGCAGUUAGACUUAGCAGCUUUGGAAGAUCUACUAAUACCGAACAUGGGAUAUUCCGUGGAAACCUUAUAUGACAUAGACUGUUUUCAGAGGAUUCUAGACCAUUUCAUGUCAAUAGAGCAACCUUCAGCUGCUGCUUCUCCGCGUGUAGUUGAAGAAAGUCAACUAAUAGAAGGGACUCUUUCGUUGACGUCAAUGACUGUGGUGGCAAAUCUGGUCGAUGCAUAUCUUUCUGAUGUGGGAGCAGACGUUAAUUUGAAGUUCCCUAAAUUCCAGUCUCUAGCUGCUGCAGUUCCUGAUUACGCAAGGCCACUUUCUGAUGGCAUUUAUCGUGCAAUUGAUAUAUAUUUGAAGGCACAUCCUUGGCUCACAAACUCUGAGCGGAAGCAAAUAUGUAGGCUCAUGAACUGCCAAAAGCUCUCAUUGGAGGGAAGUACUCAUGCUGCCCAAAAUGAGAGACUGCCCCUCAGAGUGAUUGUUCAAGUCUUAUUUUUCGAACAGCUGAGGCUGUGGACAUCCAUUUCUGGUUGGUUCUUUGUUUCCGACAAUCUCGAGAACUCUCAGAAUCCCAAUUCAGUCCUUGGACUCUCGAAGAAUGAUUGCAUAGAGGAUAUGAGGGAACGAGUCUCUGAUCUUGAGAAGGAGUGUCAAAACAUGAAAAAGGAGUUCCAGAAACAGGUUAAGACAAAGAGAAGUUGGAAUAUAUUCUGGAGAAGAAAACCACGCUACGUCAAUGCUAAGUCAUGACAGCAAAGCGAUACAAAGACACAACCAACAUUUGCCAAUGGACUCCAAAAUCAUGAAAAUGGUGACUUGGGUUGUUAGUUUUAGAAAGGUAUGCUUUCAUUUAGCCGAUUCAUAUUUGGGCCACGUGUUCUCGUUUUUCAGUCCAAUGAUGGUCCAAUUUCUUGGUGGUUUAGAUGGUAAUUGAUGAUAGACACGAUCAUUUUCUUUUAACUUGAAGAAUUCUGCAUUUUGUGGCUGUCCGCUUUUGAAAUGUGCUCUUCUCUGGAAUCUGUAUUGCUUGGUUGACAUAACCACUACUACAGAAAAUCGGUUUUGUUAUUGAUAAAAUCAAACACGUAAUGCCACUGAUAACUACUGUAUGUAAAACUAUAGUCUUAUCACUAUGCAUCACUAGAAUUUUUCUCCAUGAAUCUUUUUUCAGGCUAUAAACAUCAGCAAAGUAAUCCUUUUCACCCUCAAAGUAACAUGAUUUCACCAGCAGAAAGUCUUUCUUGGGGGCAAAGAGCAAUUUAAUAAUGAAAACCUCAAAUAUGCCUAGUGAAAAAUAAUUUUGCAUCCAAAUUUUUGUUUGGUAAGUCUUAUCUUUCGUGUAAAAUGUCUUGGAUAUGCUCGUAUCAGAGAAACUCGAAGACUGCCACCAGA